AUGGACAAAGAGGAUCAACAAGUGGGCAAAAGCAGGCAGAGCGGCCAAGAAAGGGAAAGAGGGCGACUUCAGAUGAUGCCGUGCACAGUGUCUCAGCUCCUGUCCACUGCAGAGGUCAAUGGUGCUUUCCGUAUUGGCGACUUGGAGCUCAACCAGGCUCCAGGUGUGCCGUGCAGUUCAGAUGUCCUUGGACAAUAUGUGAAGGUUAUAGGACGUCUCAGGAACAUUAAGAGGGCGACUCUUCUGAUGAUGCCGUGCACAGUGUCUCAGCUCCUGUCCACUGCAGAGGUCAAUGGUGCUUUCCGUAUUGGCGACUUGGAGCUCAACCAGAUAUCUGUAGUGGGCGUUGUCAGAAGAUGUGUUCCUUCGGAGGUCAAAAUCCAGUACUCUGUGGAUGACAUGACUGGCCCACCUAUAGACGUGACACAGUGGGUGAAUUCAGAGGCUCCAGGUGUGCCGUGCAGUUCAGAUGUCCUUGGACAAUAUGUGAAGGUUAUAGGAAGUCUCAGGAACAUUAAGGGACAGAGAUCACUGCUGGCAGGGAACGUCCGUCAUGUUGAGGAUCUCAAUGAAAUCACAUCCCACAUGUUGGAAGUUGUCCAAGCCCAUAUGCAGUGUUCCAGAAAUGCUCAUGAAAGGGUGGGUGACAUGCAUACCAACAGGAUGGAUAUACCUGGAACGGUCCACAGUGACAGACAUGUUGAUGGUCUUUCUGAGGAGAAGGAAGCUUAUGGUUUAUCCACCAUCCAGAGGCAGGUAUGGACGGCGAUAAAGAGUUGCUCCCUCCAUGAUGGCAUCCGUUUCAUGGACUUGAGCAUGGAGCUUGGGUUCCUCAGCAGCACAUCCAUCAGAAGGACCUUGCAGUUUCUCCUCCAUGAAGGUCUCAUCUAUUCAACUAUUGAUGAGGACCACUUCAAGUCCAUUUGA